CAGUGAACAUGGGCAGGUCCCAAGAGCUAACUCCUGAUUGAAAGCUGACACUUAUUUGACGGUGGACCAUACCCUAUAUACUAAGUCCUUGCAUCACCUCUUUCAUUCCUCACAAUAACCCUGUAAAGUGUCUGCCAUUAUUCCCGCUCUUUUACAGAUGAGGGGACUGAGGCUCCGAGAGGUUAAAUGUGCCCAAAGCCACACGGGUGGGACUCAAACCCAAGUGUGUCUGACUGCAAGGCCUUUCGCUAGCACACAUACCGCCUCCUUCUUGAUGGGCACCAACGACAUUUUACGGCAUGUCCCGUUUCUCACAUUGCUCCCUCACUUAACCUAGAAUAUGGGUUCCUAUGACUAAGCUUGGAAUUGGAUUCAUAUCUCUAAGCACCAGAAACAACAGAAAUUCUCCAGCCCAUAAACCUCGUUCCUAACCCCUGUGCAGCCUAUUAAUAGAUCUGAUUCUAUGGUUAAUAUCGUCAUUAAAGUGGCUCUCUUUGGCCCUUUAAGAAGCUCAUUAAUCACUAAAUAUAGACCACAACUCGUUCUUUUCCACCCUCCGCAUGUUGCUUCCCCCCAUUGUGUGAUGCCAUCUGGUGCUAUGAGAUCAUGCUUUUUGUGUUCCUUUUCAGAGAGCCAGAUUCAUUGCUCUCUACACCCGGCAAGCCAGUUAAUUCCAACUGCACGCAUGGCUUUGAAAAAAUUUGAAUCUAAUGCCUCCUUGUGGAUUUUCACAGUAUCGCUCUUGACCGUAACAUCACAUGGAACUUCUGUCUUUACCACCAUCCAUGUACACGUGUACGCUCGUCUUUUUAUCAAAAGGACCUAAUUUGUCUUUGGUAAGGCAUCAAGAAACUACAGGUCUUUUCCUGUGUGAUUGGUGUCAAGCUUCAUGCGUCAGUUGUGCCUGUGUGCUGGAGGAGGCCAGACCUUAAUCAUACGCUUUCCUCUUGUAAUCUGUUAGACUUUCGGCUAUGACAGUGGAACAAGCUUUUCAGAACAAGGAACUAGAACAGCGAAUGGCAGGCCUCUGACGCUGCUGAUCUGUCCUUCACUCCCACUUUCUCUUCUAAUUCUGCCCGAAGUCUCUAAUCGUCUCCAAGGGAGGGGAGCAUCGGGGCUGUAGAACAUUUUCUUGCAAACUCUGCUGAGGAGCCGUGGGCUCACCACCAGACUCCCAGUCUUCGGGGUCUUGGAGGCCUGCUUGUUACUUCUGUCCAGGGCAGACCUUGCCACUCUCCCCACCUCCUUUCUCUUCUCACUUCAGGGGAUCCUGGCAGUUUAAAUUUAGCCUGGGGGCCUGGUGGGGAAGGAACGGGAAUGGUAACGUGGUGAUAUGUGCGCUGCUUACCUCAUUCCUGGCACCGGCUGGACUCCCCUGGGGGAGAGGGGGAGGCGGGCUGGGCAGGCUGCUCCCUUCGUUUCUGCUACUCUCCCUGCCCACUGGGAUCGUGCCUGUUCCCAGCAAGCGUCAGAGGAGAAGAUGGGCCCUGAGGAUAUUUGCAAUGGUGUAAAAGGGACCCACUCAUUUCCUUCCCUAGCACAGGAGUUGUUCCAGAACCAGCCCCGCUGAGUCUAGAACAAUUUCUCCCCAGUCCACACCCCAUCGCCAGCAUUAAGUAUUAUACUUACUGAAAUUCCACUGAUUAUUUUGCAUUUAUAAGGAUUUAAAAAAAACAACAACAGCUGCCAGGAUUAAAGGAUGAACAUUCAUUCACAUCUCUUUUAAGGUUAAUCUAAUUGGAUUGCAUUUAUCCCAACGACUGAUCUAGAUGAUUUACAAUGGAAGAAGGAAGUCCUGUUAUGUUUUAAUUUGAAGGGAGGGUAGAUACUUUUAUAGGAUUCAUAAGACUUCAGGGGGGAAAAUAGGCCCAUAUUAUUUUAUGCAGUAAAAGUAUGGGUUGGAAGGGAGGAUAGUAGAAGGUACUAGAUAAAGUAAUGGGUACGCUUGCCCAUUUCAAAAUAUUGUGCCUCAGGCAGGGAAUUUUUCAAUAUCACCCUUUCUCCCAGGACCCAGAGCUCAGGUCAGUGAAAUUCAUGUGUAGGAAUUACAUCAGGUGGCCUGGGGUUAAAUAGGCACUUGUGGUUGCCUGGAGACCUAAUCACCACCUCAACUGCCUCACAGAAGGUUGUCUUUAUGGAAAAAUGUCUUCUGGUUUCCAAAAAACACACUUCCUAAUGAACUCUUCGAUGCAACCCAUUUGAGAGUCAGAGGUUGGACCAGAUUCAGACCUAUGCAGUUUAUCUGUGUUAACUUACUAUUUCAAGCUGAUUGCUCCCAACCAUCUGUAUACUUUUAGGCCAUUUCCCCUGGAGGAGUUUUGCAUUUAGUCAACACAAACUCAGUGUUGAAAUGCAAUAAACGGAGUUUAGAUCUUUAUCCAAUUGAAUACAUUCAAAAGUGAAACGUGGAUUUUUUUUAAAGGUAGCACACUGUAAAAAAAAAAAUAAAAAGAAACACGAUUUUAAAAAAUUAUUUCAUGUUUUAGGUUUUUACUGCUCUGACUGGCCUCUAUUAGUGAAAAUAAUCAAGACAUUCCUAUGCCCUCCCCCAUCCCACUCAGUUUGAAGACGUUAUUCGGCCUCGGGCCUCCAGAACUCUAUUAUAGAUGCAACUAGUAAAUCACAUCUCUUGUUUGCCUCAAGGUAUUGCGCAGCGGUGCACGGCGAUCAAGUACCACUUUUCUCAGCCAAUCCGCUUACGAAACAUUCCUUUCAAUUUAACGAAGACAAUACAGCAAGAUGAAUGGCAUCUGCUUCAUUUGAGAAGAAUCACGGCCGGCUUCCUGGGCAUGGCCGUGGCCGUCCUGCUCUGCGGCUGCAUCGUGGCCACGGUCAGUUUCUUCUGGGAGGAGAGCCUGACCCAGCACGUGGCCGGCCUCCUGUUCCUCAUGACAGGAAUAUUUUGCACCAUUUCCCUCUGCACUUACGCUGCCAGCAUCUCCUAUGACUUGCAGCGCCUCCCGAAGCUCAUUUACAGCCUGCCCGAUGAUGUGGAACACGGCUACAGCUGGUCUAUCUUUUGCGCCUGGUGCAGUUUAGGCUUCAUUGUGGCAGCUGGAGGUCUCUGCAUCGCUUACCCAUUUAUUAGCCGGACCAAGAUUGCACAGCUAAAGUCUGGCAGGGACUCCACGGUAUGACUGUCCACACUCAAGUUCACUGCUCGGUGGCCCGUCCACAGUGCAGACGACUCCUGAGGGGAACGGAGUGGAGUUCGCAUCAGGAUCCCAAGCACAAAGCCGUCUUUUACAUUCCAACCUGUUGCCUGCCAGCCGUUUCUGGAUGACCGAUAUAAAGUCAUGCAAAACCUCCCUACCUUCCUAAGGACAAGACUACUGUGGGUUCAAGUGCUUUAAUGACUACGUAUGCUUUGACUGUGAGGAAUAGGGAGCCAGUGCCAUGGAACACUUCUAGGUUUUAGACAAAGAGGAGGUGGCAGUGGGAGAAUGUGUCUGAUUGCCACUUAUUGCAGAAAGUUUGUAUAUAACAAUUACCUGAGAGUCAUUUCUAUUUGCAAAGGGAUUCGUAACAAAGCAAGUAUCAUUUCCUUGUCCUCGGACCAUGCUUGUUAAAUUUUCAUACAGCAUCUUCAGAACUUGUCCUGAUGGUGUCUCGUUGUGUCAGCACCAAAUGUCUGUGGAUGUUCCUUGUCACAGGAGGAUUCUUCUUCUGUUGCCUUAUUUAUUUUUUAAUUGAAGUCUCUUCUCCGUCUUUGUACUGGAAUCAAAUCCAUAAGGAAAACAGAUCAGCUGUGUAAGAGCUAUUCCGUGACACUAUGCAGUAUUGUUUGAAGUCCUAUCUGUUGUCCACCCGCGGUCUCUUUCCGUGAACUGAUUUCUGCAUUAAAUGGCUGCCCCCUUGUUAAUGUGGGCGUGUUUUCCAGUCUUUCAGCCGUGCAGCACGCUUCCCAGCCGUACAGACAGAUGCGAACCUUGUUUUAAUAAGACUGUCACUAAGCCUUUCUAAUCGCUCCAUUUCCGUUAGGUUGGCCAUUGUGAUUUAUCUUUUGUAUGUAGCAACCACGCACUUGUUAUG